GACGGAGUGGGAGACGAAGCGGCUCGCUUCAUUCCGCUGCUUCCUCAGCAUCCGUUUCGUGAGCUCUUCUUCUGGAAAGGAGAGAGAGAACUGGAGGAGGAAAAGCCUGAAAAAAUCCACUGAAGAGGGAGGAUAUCGAGGAAAAUAACAUAUAAUCAGGGCUCAUUGGAAUCCACCACCCGCUCUCACUGCUUUGGCAGAGCUGUCUGAAAGUUUCCGUCCAGGGGGGGUGGACGCCCUCCCCUCGUUUUGGGGAUGAACAGCGGAUGCUGAAUUUCAUUCCAGAAGGCAGAAGGAGAGCUGUGAAUACCGGCUGGAUUCACUUGCAGCGGAGCUGCUAGUGCGCACCAGAAGAGAUCCUACAGUGCUUCUGUCUCUCACACACGCAUUUUCCUGCAGACUACAUAUCAUUAUUUCACUGUGUCAAGGUGGAAUAUCAGGGGGGGGUGGGGGGGCAGGCUACCUGGAAGAAAAUCCUCUGAGCCAGGGAAGUAAAGGAGAACGGAUUAUGUGGAAAAAUCAAUGAAGGUCAUGCUGUUGAAAAGAGUAAGUUCUCGUCAGAAAAGGCUGUGAAUCGGGCUGAGAUUCUGAGAGACUUGGAGGAUCCUCUUAGCAUUUUGGUCUCCUCUGUGGAGCAGCAACGGGCUCCAGACCCCUCCUUGUGGACUAUAGGGUUCUGGAUACUAUUUUCAAGACUGAACGUGUGCAGGCACCUAUCCGCUCUCCGGCCAGGACGCAGACAUGUUCUUUGCAUUCGUUCCAGUGUGACCCUGGAGUGAGCGACCCGUGAAUAGAGUCACACUGGGGGGUUUCUAAAGGACUUUCUUGCUUCUGUAACAGUGAAUUCGACAUCUGACAUUGGGAAGCCCUGCAGACAGAAGAGCCACAAUAAGGAAGAAGAGAACAGGCCAUGGCCGAGGGGAUGAUUGCUUCUCAAAGUGCUUCACAUGGGUCUGCAUGUACAGGCUGAUCCUCCAGCUGCUGCUGUUUGUACUGAGGUCUCCUUAAAUGCAGACGCCUCAGAAACUACAACAUCUCUACUUAAUUAAAAAGAAAGGAAGUUAGCAAAACUCCAAAGGGGCUGAGCAGUAGAACCGUGACAGAAUGGUCGACUGUCUGAGCAAAGUCAUGCUGCACGCGGUCGUCUCGUGCUGGCAACCGUUCCUGGGACUGGCCCUGGUGGCCGUCUUCGUGGGUUCCACCCAGGCGUGUCCCUCGCGCUGCGAGUGUUCAGCGCAGACCAAGGCGGUCGUGUGUCACCGCAAGCGCAUGCCCAGCAUCCCGGACGGCAUCCCGACCGAGACCAGGAUCCUGGACCUUAGUAAGAACAAGCUGACCAUGAUCAACCCUGACGACUUUUUAGUCUUUCCUGGGCUCGAGGAACUCGACCUCAGUGGAAAUAUUAUUAGUUAUGUUGAGCCCGGAGCUUUCAACGGACUGUUCACGAUGCACUCGCUCAGCCUCAAGAGCAAUCGUAUCAAGCUGAUCCCUCUGGGCGUCUUCGCAGCCUUAACGAAUCUCACCCGACUGGAUAUAAGUGACAACAAGAUCGUCAUCCUGCUGGAUUACAUGUUCCAGGACUUGCACAAUCUAAAGUAUUUGGAAGUGGGUGACAAUGACCUGGUUUACAUUUCUCAUCGUGCAUUCAGUGGACUUUUGAGCCUGGAGAUGCUAACCUUAGAAAGGUGUAACCUCACAGUUGUACCAACCGAGGCCCUUUCCCACCUGCAUAAUCUGGUCAGUCUCCAUUUACGUUACCUCAGCAUCAGCUCUCUGCAUGCUUACUCCUUCAAAAAACUGUUCCGUCUUCGGAAUUUAGAAAUCGAUAAUUGGACUUCACUGAACCAAGUGCUUCCCAACACACUGCACGGCCUGAAUCUGUCCGCUCUGUUCAUAACCAACACCAACUUGUCCUCCUUCCCUUACCAAGCCCUGAAGCAUCUACCCUACCUGACGAGUCUCAACCUGUCUUUCAACCGCAUCAGGCACAUUGAAGGUGGGAUGCUGAUGGAACUGGUGCGGCUUAAAGAGCUCCAUCUGGUCGGAACUCAGCUAACAACCAUUGAGCUGCAUGCCUUCCAGGGCCUGAGGGGGCUUAAAGUCCUCAAUGUCUCUCACAACCGACUGAAUACACUGGAGAAGGGUGUCUUUCAGUCCCCUGAGGCUCUGGAGGUUCUUCUGAUUGACAACAACCCCUUGGUGUGUGACUGUCGUCUCAUGUGGAUUCUACAGAAAAGGCACUCCAUCUUCUUUGGAGAGUCGCAGCCGGAGUGCAGCACACCUGAAGGUAUUCGUGGAAGGCCUUUUAAAGAGUUCAAGGAGACUCUCCUGUCCUAUUACGUCACGUGCACCAAGCCAAAAAUCCGUGAGAACAAAACACAAACCAUUACUGUGGAUGAAGGCCAGCAGGCGAUGUUGAGCUGCAGUGCCGAAGGAACCCCGAGGCCUUUGGUGUCCUGGCUGUCCCCACGCCGACAGGUGCUGACAAGCAGGAGCCACGGAAGAGUCACCGUCCACAACAAUGGUACGCUGGAGAUCAAGUCGGCAGAGGUGCAAGACGGCGGUGUCUACCUUUGCCUCGCCUCCAACAGUGCUGGGAACGACACCCUGAUGACUUCGUUGGCGGUGAAAAGUCUGGGAUCACUGUAUGCCAACAGGACCCAGUACUACACCGAUCCCAGCAACACCACCGCCAACGGCACGGCCGGUGUGACCCUUGGCUUAGACCUAAAGACCAUUUUAGUGUCAACCGCCAUGGGCUGUUUCACGUUUCUUGGAGUGGUGUUGUUUUGUUUCCUGCUUCUUUUCGUUUGGAGCAGAGGGAAAGGAAAACAUAAAAACAACAUAGACGUUGAAUACGUGCCUCGGUCAAAGUCCAACGGCACUAACGUUGACUCUGCGGAGGGACAAGCCGGUCCUCGUCGUUUUAACAUGAAAAUGAUGUGACUUCUUUUAUAAAUACAAGGUUCUGGAUUGUGGAAACGCCCAAAGUACAAUGUAUUUUUUUGAAAAUCUGACUACUGAACUUCCCACAGAUUCAGGGAGAAAAGUAGUGAGAACAUUUUCGGCAUCAAAAUAAGAUAAUUAGUAUCUAAAAUCACUGGAUCUUUGUGUAAUGGUUGAAUAUACCUUGUUUCAAAUGAAGAAAGUCGCAGUAGGACGACCUCUGACGACCUCUGACGACCUCUGACGUCAUUGCCAGCGGGCAGCUUCUUCGACGUGGAUAAGGAGUGAAUACUUUUGCCGCCAUGGGGACCUGGAGAGGGGUCAUAUAUCAGCUUUUUGAAGUUUAUAUGCCCAAAAAGAAGGAUGCUUCAGUUUUAAGUUGGAUCUACAGACUUGGCUGAACAAUGUACAGUUCAAAUUUGUAACUACGCUAUUAACCUACUUUGUUUAGUCUUGCGCCAUGCUUAUUCACUGAACAAAUCAACAAAACAGAUCACAAUUUCUUAUGUUCAAUACUGAAUUUGUGUACUUAAUGCUUCAUUGUGUACAUGUAUAUCCAUCCAAAAGAACUAUUCAUAGCAAUAUUCAUGGGAUGCAUUAGCCAAAAUUGAUAUAACCUUCAGACUUUUGAAGUUUUCAUGGAUUCAUGAAGGGCUUCUAUGGGUGAUCACAUGUCCCCGUUCCCCCAAUUGACUCCUAGAUAUUAAUAAAUAUAAAUUAUUUAUCAAUGAAAAAAAGAAGAAAAAAUAUUUUAUUUAUGACCAAUGUUGAGCAUUUAAAAAAAGUCUGUUCACUUGAAUUGAAAAAGCGGUGACCCCGUAUCGGUUGAAGUACCUACAUGAACCACCUUUUUUUUCUUCAUUUUUAUUACUUUAACUGUAAAUUUGCUGGUUGGCAAAGCCAAUUUUACUACAGUGACAUUUGCAUAACUUUCCCAAGUAUGAAAUUUGGACUUUGUUGUGGUAGUUCCUCAUUUUGUUGUUGAAUCAUUUAGAUUGUGAAAACUUCAAAGUAAAAGUAAAAAAAAAAAUGUAUGUGAAAUAAAUGAAGAUGUAUUUGUACCAAUGAGUCCGACUAAAUGGUUAAAACAUGAAGAAAUCUUCUCUUCUUCAGGCUCAAUGAUGACGUCACAAUCUUCUUUUGACUAUUGGGUAAAGAAGUUAUACAUAACAACGAAUGAUGGACCAAAGUAAUGUGAUUCUGUGUAGCUAAACGGUAAUACCAUUAAUAAUGUGUCCCAUGAUACUACAUCAUUUACAUACUAAAUUGUCACAAAGCAAAUUACUUCCUCGUAGAGGAUUGUAGCGUCUCUGUAUCUUCUUCAGGGUGCUUUAUGAGAAACGUGCCCAGAGAUAACUUGUACUUUUAUUUAAAGCUAAAUAGAUAAAUCGUUAUUAAUUGAAAAAUCCGGUCAAAAAUAAGAGGACACAAUCGCUAAAGCCUACCGGGCCUUCAUCCUCUUUUUAAUGACUAUAAGACAGUUGCAUAGACUUGGAUUUAGUCUCGGCCUCAGACUGGUCUCUGCUUGGAACAAUUUAACUUACCUGUUGUAUGAAUAUUAACAAACCCCUCCCCCUGUCUGGGGUGAGAGCUUUCGUCUUGGUUGGAUGAUUGAUUUGCUUCUGAACAUUUUUAAAUACUGUAAUAUAACGUUAAUGCCAGAGGCAUAUUUCCAAAUAUCAAACAUAUGACAAUAAUUGAAAUGUCAGCUUUGUUUUAAAAAACUGAAAUCUCGAAUGUACAUUAGGUGAGGAAAUUUGGUUUCAACGCCCAUCUCGAAAAGUUGUCUGAUGAAAUCACCAAAGCAGACCUUCAUUACCUGUUUUCGUGUAUUGUUCGUGUACCGCAAUAUGAAACGUGCACCCAGCAAAUAGAAAUGAAUUGCUUAUCAUAAAUAUAAAAACUACUCUGCAUCAACAAAUGAUUAAUGGCCUAUGGUCCAAAGAUCUAGUGUUAAUACAUACAUUAAGAAACACUUACAGAAAAGAUGAUGAUUAACAGUAAUUGCAUUCUGCAGACAUAAAAAUGUGAUCUACAUCAAAAUUUCUUGUUAUUUUGUUCUUAUCUCCCAGAAGAAUGCGAGUCGCUGUGCUGAUCCUCAUUUGUGCAGCUUCCUUCAUACAGAAAUGAGAGCACCGAAUCCUCCUUCUUUUCCACAAAUAGGAAACAAGCAGAACAAAGUUACCUUUAUAGGUCGGCGCUGCUCGGCCACAGAUUAUAUGUAAAAAUGUUUUGUGAGAACCACUUUGUAUUCCUCGUAUAAACAAAGUGCAUCCUGUCUGUCCUCCUGUGGUGGCACUAUUUUGUAUUUUUUCUAAACAAGAUGAUAAAUUAUAAUAAUAUAUAAUUAGCAACUACGUUUGAAAAGAGUUAUACAAAAAUUGGCAUCCCUUAUUAUAGGAUUAUGUAUUAAUUGUACAUAUUAAUUAUUACAAUGCCCACACGUUGCUGUGGUAACGCAGAUUUGCUUUAAAAGAUAGCUGGAAUGUGUGACAUCACUCUGUGACAUCACUGAGGGUACAAAGUAACAAUUCUGUGCAUUUGUUGAGUGGUCCUCUUUGUACUAAUAUAAUUCACUUCAUUUUGAAUAAUGCAUAUUGAUUGCAUAUGAUGCGCUGUUUGUUCUCCUCUGAUCAGUUAUUGACUGAUCUGACCUCUCUUUACUUUUAGACUCAUUAGUGAGGUUAAUUUGACAAACAGAUGGGUGUCUCUCAAUCAUUCAUGCAGUUUUGACUGAAACAGAACAGCUGUAGUCUCAAGCUGCACAGAAAAAAUGUGUUCAGUAAUUAAAAUAUCACUAAUCUAUGAAACAGAUCAUUGUAGUUGAAGAUGCCACACCGUUAAUAAAAGCUCAAACCCUCAAAACUUUUCUAACCCUUUUUAAUAAUACUCCUCCUUCUUUACCGGUCCUUUUGACAGGUGGACGGCUCUAAACAUGCCUGAUUUCCGGGAACACGUCUCAUCUGUGAAUGUGUGAUUGGGGCAAUUAGCAUUGGGCCUAAAUGUCUGCAGUCACUGAUGUUGUUACUUGGGUUCGACGUGCUCUAAUCCUUUUUUGUGUUCCCCAUCAAAGAUCAAAGUUUUAGCAAGCUAACAUUUGCUAAUUGGCACCAAAAGCAAACUGAGGUGACGAGAAUGUGACUAUUUGUACAGCGUUUUGUUGAUGAAACAUAAAAAUUAAAAUUUGACCUGAUGA